CCAAAAGGUGAUUGUAUUUGUGCUUUGGUGUCCAGUGAAAAUGUCUGAAAAUCUAGAAAACGGUGAUAGUGCCGACAUGGGAGAGAACGAACAAAGACCAAAUGGCGGUGGUGAUGAAGGGGACGCAUGGGGCAAUCAAGGGUCCUCGGUGCGUCGCUUCGCAAGAAUGCCAGUGGAUAGAAAUGCUCCAUACUACAACAUGAGUCAUAAACAACGCGGUAUGGCAGUUAUUUUCAACCACGAGCAUUUCGACAUUCACAGCUUGAAACCUCGCACAGGUACUCACGUAGACUGCGAUAAUCUAGCGAAGGUUCUGAAGAACCUCGGAUUCCGCGUGACGGUUCUCAACAAUCUAAAGGCUAAAGAUGUUAACAAGUAUAUACAACAGACGGCUGAGAUGGACCACUCUGAUUACGACUGCUUGCUAAUCGCGGUGCUGACUCACGGUGAGAUGGGCUUGCUGUACGCUAAAGAUACUCAUUAUAAGCCAGACAACUUGUGGUAUUAUUUCACAGCCGAUAAGUGCCCUUCUCUUGCUGGUAAACCCAAGAUGUUUUUCAUUCAGGCCUGUCAGGGGGAUAAACUGGAUGGCGGUAUAACCCUGAGUAAUCGAACUGAGACUGAUGGUUGUCCAUCUUCAACAUAUAGGAUUCCAAUACAUGCUGAUUUCCUCAUUGUGUUCUCUACUGUGCCAGGGUUUUACUCUUGGAGGAAUACUACACGAGGAUCUUGGUUUAUGCAAGCACUCUGUGAGGAACUUCGCUUCUAUGGUGCAGAACGAGACAUUCUCACAUUAUUAACAUUUGUGUGUCAAAAAGUAGCUUUAGAUUUUGAAUCUAACACUCCAGACACGCAAGCUAUGCACCAGCAGAAACAAGUACCUUGUAUCACUAGCAUGCUCACUCGUCUUCUUGUUUUUGGAAAGAAAUAAUCAUGUAGUAGAAUAUUUGGGUUCUCUAUACUUAGAUAGCUAUAAAACCUUUUGAAAUUAGAUUUUGUUAGUCAAGAUACAAUAGGUAAAUAUGUGGCUGUUUUCAAUAUUGAAGAUUUUAAAAUGCCAUAGGACUAUUUAAUAAUAAUAGAUUAUUGGGUGUUGAAUAUUUACAUUUUAGUGAUUUUCAUAGUGUUUACUUAUUUAAAAUAGUAUACAGAACAAAGAUUUAUACUACUACAUUGAUAUUUUUUAGCAAAUAGUUUUUUAAGAUGUGGUUAUGAAAUCUCAUACUUAGUUUGAAAAG